GACUCAGGACGCCCAACAGUAGCGGUGGUCAGAACACGCGUCACGGAAAACCUCCCGCCAAGAGACACAACGGACGCUGCGUCCCAAGAUUGGACGGAUCGUCUCACUCCGUUCUACGCCAUGGAAGCCUGUUGACUCCGUGCGUUUCUGGGCAGUCAUCUGUUUUCGAACUGCUGCCACACAUUUUCAAAAAAGGCAGAAAGUGAAAUUUUGCGUCAGACUGAAUUGCCAUUUGCGUUGGUGGGUAGAGUCAGGCCCAUUUCUAAAAAAGAAAAUAGUUCUUUUUGAGAAGAAGAAAACAUUAUCUCCCCAAAGAAAGGGAUUUCAGGAUUUCAUUUCAAGAAAAGGGGGGGCGGGGAAACAAGAAGCACAAAGGUUUUUAUUUUUUAUCUUUGGGAUUUUGGAAUGCUGGGCUCCAUCAAAAUGGAAUCGCACGACCUUUCUGAAUGGAAUUCGUACUAUAAUGAACCCACAGAGGUAUUUCCCUCUGUGAGCACCAUGGCGUCCAGCUUGGGACCUAUGAACCCUAUCAAUUCCUACGUGACGUUGAACCCCCUCAGUUCCCCCAGUUCUAUGAACCUUACUUAUCCAAACAGCGGCUUGGGUAGCCCUUCUCUUGCCGGGCUGACCAAUGCCACCAGUCCCAUGAACCUUCCUUCAGUGGCCUCUCCUGUCAGCCCCGUAUUGACUCAACUGGGAGCUCAGGCUUCCACUAUCAAUCCUCUGUCAUCCUAUCAAAAUGUUGGCCAGUCAAUGGCUCCACUAGGCUACUCACCUUCAAGCAUCAACAGGCCCAAAGAGAUCAGCAAGUCAUACCGGCGCACGCUGACCCAUGCCAAGCCGCCCUACUCUUACAUCUCGCUCAUCACCAUGGCGAUUCAGCAGGCCCCAAGCAAGAUGCUGACCCUCAACGAGAUCUACCAGUGGAUCAUGGACCUCUUCCCCUACUACCGUGAAAACCAGCAGCGCUGGCAGAACUCCAUCCGCCACUCUCUCUCCUUCAAUGACUGCUUUGUGAAGGUGGCCCGCUCCCCAGACAAGCCUGGCAAAGGCUCCUACUGGGCCCUCCACCCAAAUUCAGGCAACAUGUUUGAAAACGGCUGUUACCUGAGGCGCCAGAAGCGUUUCAAAAUCGAGGACAAGGCCAAGAAGCCCAACUCCAAGGCUUCCAAUGCCCAAGAACAACCCCCUAAGAUUUCCGAGGGUCUUCAGGAAGGCCAGAGCCCCAACACGGGGUCUGAAGGGGCUGAGUCUGGCCACUCAGAUACCUCCCAUGGCUCCGAGGAGCAAAGAGGCUUGGUCCAGUUAGAUUGCUCAGGGGCCCAGGGCUCGUCCCCCGUUUCUGAAGCUUCUCCAGCCCCGAUCUCCCAGUCCAUGAAUAGCCACUACUAUGCAACCUCCAUUACCAACCUCGAUCUUCCUAGCGAUCUCAAAAUAGACCAUCAGUUCAACUUCAACCACCCUUUUUCUAUCACCAAUCUGAUGUCCACAGAGCAGAGCCACAAAAUCGACUACAAGUAUGACCAGACAAUGGCAUUCAGUGGCUACAGCUCCCCACAUUCAUUGGAAAGCAAGCACACCUACGAAACACCCACCUCACUCACCGAGUCCAGCCAAUACUUGCAGAGCCUGUACAGCGGCCGCUCCUUGCUCAAUGCCUCGUAAGGUUGCUGCCCUGUUAUCACGAGAAAAAGGAGGAGGUCAGAGAAAGAAGAGACUCUGCCUCGUUCCACAAUCACCCGCAAGACCAUCAACGAGAUGUUCCUUCCCAUUGCCAACCAAUUGCAUCAUGGCCAGUGGAAAGGAGUCAGAAGCCAGAGUCUGCUAGACCUUGAUGAACCACACACUUUCCAGACCUCAAGACCGAUGUUGCCUCAUAGUGGUCAAUAACUCCUUUGGAGGCCUUCCAUUCCAAUAUAUUCACUUGCCCGUAGUGACCAGGGAGCAGCAAGAGAGAACAAUUCCACACUUUGCUGCAUCAACCAAUGGCCAGUUGGGCAGGAAUGGCCACAGAUUCAUCUUCACUUCAGCACAGUUGUACUGUUGUCAACAGGGGUUCCCAUGCUUCAAACUCUGUCAUCUCAAAAUGCUGGACCACACUCUGAACUCUACAUUUACUAAAGAUGAGGCUUGAUAUCCAGGAGUGGAGCUUUGAUGAAUGUCUGUAUAUUACUCAAAGGGACAUAGGAAAGGAAAUUCCAUAAUGUGGAGCAAGCUGGGGACCAUUCAUCAGCCUAGAACAUUUGACUUUGCAGUCUCAACAAAGAUGUUACAGUCAGUGGUUGAACUCUGGUCUUGGGGUACUCAAACCUACCUAUUUAGGUCAGAAUUGUACUUGGUGGGUCUCUAUUGUUACACACACACAAAGGGGUUUGGUUACACCAAAGACAAUUUAGGCCUCCACCAGAAGAGGAGCAAGGAGAAUAUAUUUCAGAUUUUUUUUUAAAGUGCCUUUAUAUUUAAAUAUUUGUGUUUUCUGUUGGGAAAAAGGGUAAAAAGUUGAUUUAAUAUAUCAUUAUUUAGCGACAAUACAGGGGGGUGUCUUUCUUUCAAGUCUCUCUCUCUCACUCUCUCUCUGUAUUCAUGAUAAUUAAAAACAAAAUAAUAUUCAAUGGGUUUUUUUUCUCCUGGCAGGAGUGUUUAAAUCUGACCUGGGGCAUCAUCUAAGAUGACUUCUAGUCCCUAACAUCCAGGACAUAAAGAUACUUAUUUAUUUGAAUAUAUUAAACUGCCUUUCACCAAGUCA